AUGACUACUCCUAUGGAACCUUGCUUGAAGUUAAUUAAAGAUGGAGGAAAACUGUUAGAAGAUACAACAUUAUUUCGGCAGCUCGUCGGUAGCCUAUUCUAUUUAACUAUCAUAAGGCCAAACAUUUCAUAUUCUGUAGGAGUCUUCUCUCAGUUCAUGGACAAACCAUGUGAGAGUGACUUAAUUGCUGCAAAAAGUAUCCUUCGCUAUGUCAAAAACACUCUAAAUUUUGGGUUAAUGUAUAAGCAGUAUACAUCAUUUCUUUUGAUUGAUUUUGUAGAUGCAGAUUGGGUUGGUGAUGUAAAUGAUAGGUGUUCCACAACAGGGUAUUGUUUUAAUACAGGUUGGACAACUAUCUCAUGGUGUUGUAAGAAGCAAACUAGUGUUGCUCUUUCAAGUUGUAAAGCUGAAUAUAUAGCAGCUACUAUGGCCACUGAAGAGUGUAUUUGGCUAAAGAUGCUUAUUCAAGAAAUAUUUUGUGUCUUGGACUAUCCAGUUCACAUUCAUUAUGAUAAUGAAAGUGCAAUUAAGCUUGCUGGAAAAUUAAUUUUUCAUGCCCGCUCAAAACACAUUGAAACAGACUAUCAUUCCGUUCGAGAAAAGGCUUUAACUCAAUAG